AUGGGUCUUCCCAAAGAAAAAGAUCAAGUAGUGAGAAUGGCUCUUCAUCAUCUGGUGUUGUUGCAAAUCAUUUUGUUACUCUGGCCAAUCAAAGCAUCAGACGCUUUUUUCUGUCCAUACCUUUGUGGUAAUGUCAGCAUAAACUACCCCUUUGGAUUCGGAGAACAAUGCUGCUUCAAUAAAGAAUUUGAAGUAAGUUGCGACAACUCUUCUAGCCCUCCAAAAGUUUUCUUAACUAGCAUCAACCUUGUACUAGUAGAAGAUAUGGAAUAUAGAAGCUCUAGUUUUCGGGUCAACUUCCCUGUAAUUUCUUUGCAUAAUAACAAGAAAUUUGUUUUUGAAGACUUUAGCUUGUCAGGAACCCACUUUGCCCUCUCAAAUACCCUCAAUACGUUCGUUGCCGUUGGUUGUGACAGCUAUUAUGAGCAGAGUAAAUCAACUCUUGCUACAUGUCAGUCCUUCUGUCAUUGUGAUCCUACUAAAGCUCGUGGUUGCUGCGAUUUCAUAUGCACCGUUCCUAGGAAUUAUACGUUUGAUAGUAUUGCAACUAUAUCAGAGGUAUAUUCCGCAAGUAUUCCCCCAGAAAUGGAGUGCAAUUCUGCAUUCAUGGUUGACAAAGAAUGGCUUCAGUCAAACUACCAAAUAACGAAUUCAUCGGUUUUGAAAGGUAAAGAACAUUCUCCUGCAGCGCUGGAAUGGGGAAGAUAUAAAGGGUCAUGUGUGGAACUAUAUAAUUCAGACACAACUUGUGAUUUGGAUGGUGACUGUAUAAUAAAAUUAGACGCAGGCUAUAUUUGUAAUUGCCAUCAAAGCAGAUCUGACAGCCACAAAGGAUGUUCAGGUUGUUCUACUGGGCUUGGAACCUUGUUGCUCGUCAUUGGAGUAUGGUGGUUGUACAAGGUCAUAAGAAAGAGAAAAGCAAUCAAGUUGAAGCAUAAAUUCUUUAAAAGAAAUGGUGGUUUAUUACUGCAACAACAGUUGUCUUCCACUGAAGGUAACAUCGAGAAAACACGACUGUUUACUUCAAAGGAAUUAGAAAAAGCUACCGACAACUACAAUGCGAAUCGAAUCCUUGGCCAAGGAGGCCAAGGCACCGUGUAUAAAGGUAUGUUAGCUGAUGGCAAAAUUGUAGCAAUUAAAAAGUCCAAAGUUGUAGAUGAAAGUCAAGUUGAGGAAUUCAUUAACGAGGUGGUCAUAAUAUCUCAAAUUAAUCACAGAAAUGUGGUUCAAUUAUUGGGGUGUUGCUUAGAGACAGAAGUUCCGAUUUUGGUGUACGAAUACAUUUCUAAUGGAACUCUCUUUCAUUAUAUACACGAUGAGAAUGAGGAGUUUCCAAUCACAUGUGAGCUACGUCUACGCAUUGCCUUAGAUGUUACAGAUGCUCUAUCAUAUCUACAUUCAGCAGCUUCCAUACCUAUAUACCAUCGAGACAUUAAGUCAACAAACAUACUCUUGGAUGAUAAAUAUCGAGCAAAAGUUUCAGACUUUGGGACUUCCAGAUCCGUUACAAUUGACCAAACUCAUUUGACCACUCAAGUACAUGGAACCUUUGGAUAUGUAGAUCCAGAGUAUUUUCAAUCAAGCCAGUUUACUGAUAAAAGUGAUGUUUACAGUUUUGGCGUUGUUCUCGCUGAACUUUUAACUGGACAAAGGCCGAUUCUUUCAACCGAAUUUGCUGAAGAUAGAAGUUUGGCUUCUUAUUUUCUUCGUGCAAUGAAAGAAAAUCGACUAUUUGAUAUUCUUGAUGUUCGAGUUUCAAAAGAGGGUGAAAACGAAGAGAUUAUGAAUGUUGCUAAUCUUACAAGAAGAUGUUUGAAUUUAAAUGGAAAGAAGAGACCUACAAUGAGAGAAGUGGCAAUUGAAUUAGCGGGUAAUACUAGAGCGAGUGGAGCCUCAGUGGUGCAGCAAAACUACGAAGAGGAUGAUUUUGCCGAGUGUGAGACAACAGAUCAAUAUGUAACUGGUUCAUCUUUCAGUACUGGAUCCUUUUUUGACGGUGUCACUUUAGAUGUUGACCCUCUUAUUUCCAAUUAAUGUUGAAUUAGUAAAUUUCUGAUAUUUCUACUAUAUGCAUCCUAUUGGUACUCGUUGUAUCCUUUAUGAGCUAUUUUAUAUAUGUUGUUUGAUUAUUGUUAUGUAAUGA